AUGAACGGUCACCCCCGUCAGCAACCCAAGCAUCUGCCAUAUUCGCAAUGCAACCGCGUUUGGGUCACCGCGCAGAAUGAGCAUCUGUGCCCGAGUAAGCCACGGACGACACAGGCCGCGGCCUCGCAACCGGUACAGGGAACAUCGAAACUCACCGCGUUUCCGUCUAGUGCAUUGAAAAGCGCUCCUCCAGGCAAUUCCACAGAUAGGUCGACAAACGCGUCCAACACCAGCAAAUAUAGGGAACUUGAAGCACCAAAGUCGUUGGGGCUCACAGCCGAUGAGAUCCUCAUGCAAGCGGAGGGCGGCCGCCGAUACAUCUACAACAAGAAGACAAAGAACUCUCGUUGGCUUGACCGUCCUUCAGAAAAAAUAUCGGCUGACCAGAAGAAUGCCUCGAUCAAGAAUGGCUCUUCCAAGCUUUCGUCUUUCCCGUAUGCUCCUGAGCGGAAGGAAAGGGGUACAUUCACAUCAGAUUCGAAUCCAACACUCAAAGCAGCGUCGUCGCAUGCAUCUGAGUCACAGUCAUGGCAAGCCUUCUCACAUGAACGGAACGGUUCUGCCCAUCAGCGAACUAACUCUCAAACACGAGGAACGGCCAACGGGUAUGUACACAGAUCCAAGCCUCUAAGCGCAGAUGAGGCGGCUUUGUCUAUUCAGAGAGCCUUCCGCGCGAGUGUCGUUCGGAGAGGGAACUUAGUCGAUAAGUGGCGACUGAUCACAAAGGUGCUCGACGAAGUGUCAGAUACGAUAUCGAAAGGAAAGUAUGAUAUUGACUAUCUGAGAGGCCUACCAAAUCGAAGCCUUAAUGGAGAAGAACGAGGCCAUGCAAUGAAGUAA